GGGAACGGCAGCGGGACCCGGCGGGGCGGGGACGGAGCCGCAUCCCGGCGGGCGCCGCCGCAGCGCAGCAGCAGCGCCGGCAUUUGCGGGCCUCGAGGAGGGGCCGGGAGUGCGGAGGGGGCGCGGGGACCCCGCCUGGAACCGAUGAGAGCAGCCCUGGCACCCACCGAUCCUCUCUUGGCUGAUGUCCGGAGCUCCCGCACCUGAGCCACGCCUGUGCCAGCCCCGUGACACGCCGGUGACACGCCAGUGACACGCCUGUGACACGCCUGAGCCCGCGCCGCAGCCCUGCCCAGCCCGCGCUGCUUCGCCCCGCGCCCGGGGCCCGCUGCAAGGCAGGACAUGGACUCCAUGUUCGAGGACGACAUCAGCAUCCUGACGCAGGAGGCGCUGGGGCCGGACGAGGACUGGCUGGACAGCCCCAACACCGACCUGUCGGGCGAGAUGUGCUCGGCCUCGCACUUCGCCCUCAUCACCGCCUACGACGACAUCAAGAACCGGCUCACGGGGCUGGAGAGGGAGAACUCCACGCUCAAGCGCCGCCUCAAGAUGUACGAGGUCAAGUACCCCCUGAUCGGCGAGUUCGGCGAGGAGCACAUCUUCUCCCUCUACGAGGCCAAGGAGAACUCGCUGCUCAAGAGCGAGAAGGCGUCGCUGCAGCAGCAGCUCAACCAGUUCCAGCACGAGCUGCAGAAGAGCAAGGAGCGGGAGGAGCAGCUGGAGGAGAUGAUCCAGGCGUACGAGAAGCUGUGCGUGGAGAAGGCGGACCUGGAGACGGAGCUGGGAGAGAUGCGGGCGCUGGUGGAGACGCACCUGGGCCGCAUCCGGAGCUUGGAGCAGCAGCUGCGGCAGCGCGACGGCGGCGCCUUCCCGGGGCUGGGCACUCAGGACGGGCCUUUCAUCGCCCGGCACCCCAGCCCCGGCCUGAGCCACGUGCUGGAGCGCGCCGGGGGCUGGCAGAGCCGCGGGCUGGAGGCCGAGCUGGAGGCGGCGCGCCAGGAGAACCAGCGCGCCCAGCACCGCGAGGAGCACCUCAAGGCCGAGUGCGAGAGGCUGCAGGCGGAGCUGAAGCACCUGCAGGACACCCGGGAGCAGGAGCAGUCGGAGCGGGACAUGGCCUGGGUGAAGAAGGUGGGCGAUGACCAGGUGAACCUGGCGCUGGCCUACACGGAGCUGACGGAGGAGCUGUGCCGCCUGCGGAACCUCAGCUCCCUGCAGAGCCAGAUCCUGCGGGCGCUGCUGCAGGACAAGAGCCUCAACGGGGGCCAGCGCCACUCCCCGCUGUCCCAGUGCCACUCCCCGGCCCAGCAGCGCCGCUCGCCCGCCCCGCAGUGCCCCUCGCCCGUUCCUCCGGGGCGCUCCCAGUGCCAAUCUCCCGCCCUCCAACGCCGCUCGCCGGGACCCCCCAGCCAAUCUCCGGCCCAGCAGCGCCGCUCGCCGGCCCCGGGCCCGUGCCAGUCGCCGGCCCAGCAGCGCCGAUCCCCGGUGCCACCCCCCAGCCCAUCGCCGGCCCCGCAGCGCCGCUCGCCCGCGCCGCCGCCGCCCUGCCCGUCGCCCGCCUCGGCGUCCCCGCACCGCCUGCCCGGCGAGAGGAUGGAGCUGGCCUACGCCAAACCCUCGAGCCGCCACAUCAAGGCCGGCUUCCAGGGCCGCCGCAGCUACUCGGAGGUGACCAACGUGGCCCUGUACCAGCAGAGCCGCUCGCUCUGGCUGCAGCCCGAGGCCUCCACGCUGCCCAAGCACCGGCCCUACGGCGAGGUUUACCUGGGCGGCGCCGGGGCCCCGCUCAGCGCCCACGAGCCCUUCGAGGAGCACGUCCGCUUCGAGAAGCAGUCCUCGGACGAGGAGGAGUGGGCGCUGCCCAGCCCGCCCAGCCCCGAGGCCGGGGCCAUCCGCUGCGCCUCCUUCUGCGCCGGUUUCCCCGCGCCCGACGCCGACGCCGUGCACCGGACGGCGGCCGCCUACGCCCGGGCCGAGCACGCCCAGUCCUGGCCUUCCAUCAACGUGAGGAGGACCCCCCCCAAUCUCCCCGCGGGGUUUUGGGAUGCUCUUCCUGGAGGUUUCCACACCUCGGGGACAGGGACAGCGGUGGUGGCACCCGCGGUGCCCGCGCACCUCCUGCCCUUCCCAGCCGGGACACCGCGGCCUGGGGGACGCCGCGCCGUGUCCCCUCCUGGCCGAGCCACCGCGGUGUCCCCGGUGCCCGUGGUGGGAUCGGCUCCCUCCCUGUCCACGGCGGCCUCAGCUGACAGCUCGGGGGGGACGCGGAGCCCGCACAAGCGCGGCCCCGGCUGCCAUGUGCCCAGCGCCAUCACGGCCGCUGCGGAGCGACGAGCGCCGCCGGGCCCCGGGGAGCCGCGGGCCGCCCGGCCCCGCCGCCCCGCUGCGGGAGGUGACGGAGCCAACGCGCCGUGA